AUGGAAGUGGGGAGGACUGGGGGCCUAGGCCUUCGACCGUGUCACAAGGAGAUAAGGUUCCGCGUUUGCGAAGUUGACCACUUGCAUUGCGCCAUUUCUCAUCAGGUCGGAUACCGGGAGCACGUCUCCAUCACUGACGAGGUGGCCACCCUCUCCGUGAUGGGCACCGCCUUGCGGCACCUGGGCCCCGCGAGCCUCCCGGACUGCAGUCUGGCCCAUGCAUCGGAGAGCCGGGAUGACGCAGGGCGCCUCUCCCGCUGCUGCAUGUGUGGCGAGGCCAUGGUUCCCAACAUCCUUCUGGCCACCAUCGACUUUCCAGAAGGCCUACCGAUAAUGGGCAGGAGUGAGCUGGUGGAGGCCAGGGUGGUCCGCCUAAAGCGGAAGGUGGCCGGGGAGGCCCACGCGCAGGACCUCUCAGAGGCCUUGCCUUUUCUUGAGCUGGAGCUGCACAAGCAGCCGGGGACCGGCGCGUUGGGGAUGGCCGAGGAGUGCCGAUCAGCACUGGAGGACAAGCUGGGGGAGGCUCCCGACAAGCCCAGGCAGCGGCUGGAAGCCGACCGCGGCGUGGCCUUCGCCUUGGCUGAGGAAUUGAAGAAUUGCACCGACGAGUUAAACUCCACAGGCAUGGUGAACGCGAGCGGCUUCCAGGAGUGCAAGGAUAAGGCCCUGGCAUCGCUGAAGCUUCUAAAGGGCACCAACGUAACCAAAGAGGAGUUCGAGGCCAUGCUGAGGAAGGCAGCAGAGGAGCGCAUGCGAAUGGUUGUCAAGGAAUGCAUGACUGUGGCCAGCACAGAGGCGGAGAAGGAUGCCUGCUUUACGAGCAUGGAAGCAAAGAGGGCAGCUGCCAAGAUCAGCGGCAUGGAUCCAAGUGAGUUCAAGGAGGGCGACCUGAAAGAGGCCAUGCGCCAUGGGGCAGCCAGAGACAUGGCCCAGGAGAUGCAGGUAUGUAUGAAGACUGCGUCAACGAACGAGGCCAAGCGAGGCUGCAUGAAGACAGACUCAUUGAAGGGCUCGGUGGCGGAGAGCUUGGGCAAGGACAGGGACAAGGUGAAGGACUCAGAAGUGAGGGAGUUCCUGGAGGAAGGGGCCCUGGAGGACCUAUGGUCGCUGAUGGAGAGCUGCCCGGAGGAGGAGAAGACGCAGUGCGUGGCUGCGGCCAAGGAGACCUUGGGCACCGCCAUGGGCAAGACUGCGACCGACAUCAGCGACCAGAUGCUCAGGAAGGUCCUGCAAAGGGCGAUGCAGAAGCUCGGCCGAUCCGUACGUCCAAUGAAGAAGCUGGGCGAGCAAAUGGAGGCGUGCAUGGAGGCGGCUGAGGAUGACGAUGCUCGGAAACAAUGCAAAGACAUCCUCGCCGAAGCCGCUGUCAAGGUGGGGGGCGGCGAAGGCCCCAGGGGCAAGACAGAGCUGGCGCUGAUGGACGCGGGUCGUAGCGCUGCCAAGGAGCAUGGCAAGGACUGCGCGGAGUCUAGGGAGGUGUGCAUGCGGUUGCUGAAAGAGAAGGCAGCCCAGUCCAUGGGCAUGAGGCCGGACGAGAUGACGGACAUGGCUGUGGAGCGUCUCAACAUGGAAGGCGCCAAGGGCGCAGCCAGGGAUGCCGCCAGGGCGUGCGCAGAGGCCAAGGAGGCGGAUAACAGCGCGACCUGCGAGGACGUGCUGGAGGUGUUCAAAGCAGCGCGGAAGAAGGACUCUGACGACUCGGAGGAGAGGCGCAUCAAGCAGGACAUGGCCAAGGAUCUCGACAAGGAGGACAUGAAGGUGUGCCUGAACGAGGAUGCCAAGGCAAGCUUUACGGCCUGCAUGCAGAACAUCGGUGGCACUGAGAAGGUCAAGGACGAACUCUUCAAGGACAUGCCGGAAGCCCGCAAGGAGGCCAAAAAAAAGCGCGCUAAGGAUGAGGCUGCUGUGGAAGCCAUGGGCGAGCUGUUCAAGGCCUGCAUGGAAUCCGCAACCACCGAGGAGGAAAAGGGACUGUGCAUGGAGGAAAUGAAGAGCAAGAAGGAGCUGGCAGACCUCAAGGACGAUGUUGAGGAUGUCGUCAUGAAGUUCCAGCGGAACGUGGUGGCGGAGGCAGCCCGCGUUUGCGACAAGAGCAAGCGCAAGGAAUGCGUGGACGCAGCCAAGGCGGAGCUGAAGAAGAUGGGGUUGAAGGAGCGUGCCUUCGGCGUGGUGAAGAAGCUCGCUGAGAUCAAGGCGGCGGCUGAGACCUACGCUGCGUGCCAGGAGGCGUCCAGCACAGAGAACAGCACCUGCAUUCAAUUGGCGCAGGCGACCUUUGAAGAGAUCAGCGGCUCCACCGAGAUUUGGGACGACGAGCUUGCCGCCAAGGUGACGGACCUGGGCAACGCAAUGCUUGAGGGCCGCGACAUUCUGAUCCGGAAGCUGAAGCAAAUUGUUGUGGAGAUGGUGUCUGACGCUACAAACUGCUCAGAAGAAAUGCUCACCAAUAUCAUGGACAAGGUGGCAAACAUCUCCGGCGGCUUCAUGGGCAAGAACUCGUCCAACUCCUCACGGAAUAUCACGAACAAACUUUGCAGGAUAGCUUGGGGCUUCGGGCGCUUCUUCUGCAAGAUCCACACGGAGGACCUGGGCGAUGACGAGAUGGCCAAUCUGUCCGACUUCCUCGCAGCAGACAUGGAACUCACCGAGCUGAGCAGGCGACUCACUCAGAGGCGUUUGGCCACAAUCACAGAGACCUAUGCGGAUCAGGAGUCAGAGGAGACUGCCGCCACCGAGCCCUACGAAACCACCACCCAGCAGAUCGGGAUCUCCGUCAGCUGCACGACGACGCUUUCAGUUCUGUCCGCAGUGGUUGCGAUGAUGUCCACGACUGCAGCCCUGUGA